UAUUUAUCCCACUGCCCAUCUGAGUCUCUCUACUCAACUCCAAUGUCCAUGGCCAGCCUAACUCAUAUCCUUAAAGAUAUCCAAGCUGCUGCGCCCCUUUCCACAUCUGUUGCUCUUGGUAGUCUCUCUCUUUUGCUUUUCUUUCUGAUCAUCCGAGGAUUUUUCUCCAACCAAAAGAUGGGAAGUUCCACACUCCCUCCGGCACCCGUUGUUCCAGGGCUUCCGGUUAUUGGAAACUUGCUGCAGCUGAAGGAGAAGAAACCCCACAAGACAUUUGCAAGGUGGGCUGAGAUAUAUGGUCCAAUCUAUUCCAUCAAAACUGGUGCUUCUACUGUUGUUGUUCUCAAUUCAACAGAUGUUGCCAAAGAGGCUAUGGUGACCAGACAUUCAUCCAUCUCAACAAGAAAUUUAACGAAAGCCCUAACGAUUCUCACGUCGGAUAAAUGUAUGGUAGCAACGAGUGACUACAAUGAGUUUCACAAGAUGGUAAAGCGACAUAUACUUGCAAAUGUUCUGGGACCGAAUGCUCAGAAGCGGCAUCAACGCCACAGAGUUACCAUGAUAGAAAAUGUAUCAAGCAAAUUUCAUGCUCUUAUAAAGAAGUCUCCCCUCGAAGCUGUGAAGUUCAGGAAAGUUUUUGAGUCUGAACUUUUUGGACUAGCAUUGAAAGAAGCUUUAGGACAUGACGUGCAAUCCAUUUAUGUAGAGGAGCUUGGGAGCACUUUGUCAAGAGAGGAGAUAUUUAAGAUUCUAGUAACCGAAUUAAUGGAGGGUGCAAUUGAGGUGGAUUGGAGAGAUUUCUUCCCAUACCUGAAAUGGAUUCCAAAUGAGAGCUUCGAGAAGAAAAUUAAGCGAGUUGCUUUUCGCAGGAAAGUAGUGAUGAAGGCCCUAAUCAAGGAGCAGACGGAGCGCUUCGCUUCAGGAGAGGAAGUAGAUUGUUAUGUCAGCUACUUGUUAUCUGAGGCAAAAACACUUACCAAUGAACAAAUUGCCAUGUUGGUUUGGGAGGCGAUCAUCGAGACAUCAGAUACUACUUUGGUUACUACCGAGUGGGCCUUGUAUGAACUAGCUAAAAGUCCAAUUCAUCAGGAUCGUCUUUACCAACAGAUCCAAAAUGUUUGUGGAUCUGGAAAGUUUGCUGAGGAACAUUUGUCUCAGCUUCCAUACCUGAGUGCUGUUUUCCAUGAAACUUUGAGGAAGCACAGCCCAGUUCCAAUAGUGCCCUUGCGAUAUGCACAUGAAGACACCCAAUUAGGAGGGUACUUUAUUCCGGCUGGAAGUGAGAUUGCAAUAAACAUAUACGGAUGUAACAUGGACAAGAAACAAUGGGAAAAUCCGGAAGAGUGGAAGCCGGAGAGGUUUCUCGAUGAGAAAUAUGACCCAACGGAUAUGUACAAGACGAUGGCAUUCGGAGGAGGAAAGAGAGUAUGCGCGGGUUCUCUUCAGGCAAACCUAAUAGCAUGCACAUCAAUUGGUCGGUUAGUACAGGAGUUUGAGUGGAGGCUGAAUGAUGGGGAGGAGGACAAUGUGGAUACUCUUGGGCUCACUACUCACAAACUCCAUCCGAUGCAAGCAAUGUUAAAGCUGAGAAAUUAAUAGCCUAGCUAGGAGCUCCAGCUGCCUUUAGUUUCACCCCCUCAAACUGAUUCUGAGGUAUUGGAUACUUUAUGUUUGUAAUGCUUGUAAGUUGUUCUCAAAGCCCUUCAGAAAAGGAAGAAAAACGAUAUGUUAGUCAUUCUAAUAUUUCAUGUUACCAAUGAUAUCUGCUUUUAUAUUC